CUUGCUGGGAGGAGCAUGGAAUCUGGAAUGAAGCCAGAGGGCAAAGCUGAAAGGGGUCAUUUAAGUGCUGCAACUCAGAGAUUCACUCAGAAGACCGGACACAAUUCCGAAGGUCGCCCAGAAGGAGAGGACAAUGUCAUUUCUAACUGUGCCAUACAAACUGCCUGUGUCUUUGUCUGUUGGUUCCUGCGUGAUAAUCAAAGGGACACCGAUCGACUCUUCUAUCAAUGAACCACAGCUGCAGGUGGAUUUCUACACUGAGAUGAAUGAGGACUCAGAAAUUGCCUUCCAUUUGCGAGUGCACUUAGGCCGUCGUGUGGUCAUGAACAGUCGUGAGUUUGGGAUAUGGAUGUUGGAGGAGAAUUUACACUAUGUGCCCUUUGAGGAUGGCAAACCAUUUGACUUGCGCAUCUACGUGUGUCACAAUGAGUAUGAGGUAAAGGUAAAUGGUGAAUACAUUUAUGCCUUUGUCCAUCGAAUCCCGCCAUCAUAUGUGAAGAUGAUUCAAGUGUGGAGAGAUGUCUCCCUGGACUCAGUGCUUGUCAACAAUGGACGGAGAUGAUCACACUCCUCAUUGUUGAGGAAACCCUCUUUCUGCCUGACCAUGGGAUUCCUAGAGCCUGCUAACAGAAUAAUCCCUCCUCAACCCCUUCCCCUACACUUGGUCAUUAAAACAGCACCAAACCG